GAUAAAGGUAGAUUGAUCGGACACGUUGCUUGUAUUUGGUCAGUGACUGGAGUGAAAUAAGUAGCCAGCAAUACAAGUUGAGCACUAUCAAGGCGAUAAAGUUGGCAACGUGGACUUUGUGGAAAUAGGACCUUCAAAAGAACUCACUAUUGUAUGCCAGUUAACAAUACACUUUGUUGAAGAAACGGUCAAUAGAAACAUGCACAAAGUGUGCCUCGUUUUGUUUUUAUUUGCUUCCGUCUACUCUGAGUCGCAGGUAUGGGAGACUGAGACAUGGAUCCCCAUGAAGACGACCCAAGCUAUUUCUCAUGACGAGCUCAUCUCGUCUGGAGACUCCGCCAACGGCUCAGACUUUGGCUUCCCCGAUGAGGAGCACGACACAAUUGACAACGAGGACAUGACGGACGACAAUGAGGAUUAUGACAACUUCUCUGGCUCUGGCGACGGAGUACCAACUAUUACAAUCAAAAAUGACAAUACCAUGAAAUCAAAGCCUUCUAUGAACAACAAGAUUCCAGACCUGAGGCUCAAACCCACAGUGAACGAGAUUCAAUUGGUCCAGAAGAACAAUGAAGUGUCAGUAUGGGUUUCUCCCAAGCCUGAGGAGCACCCAUCGAACGUACUGAUGGCCCAUGCAGGGGAGGAGAGCAUCUUCAACAAGACUGAGGUCCUAGCAGCUCUUAUUGCUGGUGGAGCAGUGGGGCUGUUCUUUGCUGUCCUCCUUAUCCUCCUGCUUGUCUACCACAUGAAGAAGAAGGAUGAAGGCAGCUACGACCUGGGAAAGAAGCCCAUCUACAAGAAGGCUCCCACCACAGAGGUCUACGCAUAAAGCCCACCUUCGCCGGGGCCGCUUGCCUCUUGAAAGCAAACCUCUCCUCUUGUCUGUACAGCCGGGAAGUCCCAGAGGGAGAAGCCAUCACAAGCAAAAAACUGCUUCUCUUCUACCAUGAGUUCUACAAUGGUUCAUUUAAAUAAAUAAAGAAUCGGAAACAACACUUUAUUAACUGUCCGUUAAUAAGAAGAGGACCAUUUCAGCUGCCAAACAAUGCAGUGCAAGAUAUUUUGAUGUUUUUUCUUGCCCAUGUAAAAACGAAAGUGUACAUUCUGCAGCGACACUGCAGCAAAAUCUUGACAUUUCCCUCCCACCUUCUCUUUAAUGACACUAACAAGGUGAAUGAGAACUCAAUGAGGUGACAUGGUACAGCUAUUUAUUUUCCUCCCCCUCUAACCUUGUACCCAUUCUUGUGUGAAUACUGCUAUUACAGAAGUCUCACUAUUGCAUUUUAUAUUUGCAGUGCAUUCGUAAAGUAUUCAGACUGCGUUUUCCACAUUUUGUUAUACAGCCUUAUUCUAAAAUGUAUUGAAUUGGGGAGGGGGGGUUCUCCUCAAUCUACUACACCUAAUACCCACCCCAAAAUGACAAACCAAAAAUAAUACUGAAAUAUCACAUUUGCAUAAGUAAUCAGCACCUUUUACUCAGUACUUCUGGCCGUGACUACAGCCUUGAAUCUUCUUGGGUAUGACGCUGCAAGCUUGCAGAUUCUCUCGAGCUCUGAUUGACUGCACAGCUAUUUUCAGGUCUCUCCAGAGAUGUUCGAUUGGGUUCAAGUCCGGGCUCUGGCUAGGUCAGUCAAGGACAUUCAGAGGUCCCGAAGCCACUCCUGCGUUACCUUGGUGAACCUCCCAGUCUGAGAACCUGUUCCAGAGCGCUCAGGACUUCAAGGAUCUUUCCCUUGAUCCUGGCUAGUCUCCCAGUCCCUGCAGCUGAACAUCCCCACAGCAUGAUCAAAUCUAAGUUUAUUUGUCACGUGCGCUGAAUACAACAGGUGUAGUAGAUCUUAGAGUGAAAUGCUUACUUACAGGCCAACAGUGCAAAAAAGGUAUUAGGGUGAACAAUGGGUAUGUAAAGAAAUAAAAACAACAGGAAAAAUAACCGUAGUGAAGUCGGGCUGAUUGAGGUAGUAUGUAGAUAUGGUUAAAGUGACUGCAUAUGAUGAACAGAGUAGCAGUAGCGUAAAAGAGUGGGUGGAGGGACACACCGCAGAUAGCCCAGUUAGCCAGUGUGGGUGGUCGGGCCAAUUGAGGUAAGUAUGUACAUGAAUGUAUAGUUAAAGCGACUAUGCAUAUAUGAUAAACAUAUAUGAUAAACAGAGUAGCAGCCAUCACUUGCCAUGCGGUAGUAGAGAGAACAGUAUGACUGGGGUGGCUGGGAUCUUUGACAAUUUUUAGGAUAGCCUGGUGUAGAGGUCUUUGAUGGCAGGCAGCUUAGCCCCAGUGAUGUACUGGGCCGUACGCACUACCCUCUGUAGUGCUCUGCGGUCAGAGGACGAGCAAUUGCCAUACCAGGCAGUGAUGCAACCAGUGCUCUCGAUAUUGCAGCGGUAGAACCUCUUGAGGAUCUGAGGACCCAUGCCAAAUCUUUUUAGUUUCCUGAGGGGAAAUGGGCUUUGUCGUGCCCUCUUCAGGACCGUCUUGGUGUGUUUGGACCAUUCUAGUUUGUUGGUGAUGUGGACACCAAGGAACUUGAAGCUCUCAACCUGCUCCACUAUAGCCUCGUCGAUGAUGCUGCCACCACCAUGCUUGUCCUUCUGGAAGAUUCUCCCAUCUCCACAGAGGAGCUCUGUCAGUGACCAUCCGGUUCUUGGUCACCACCCUGACCAAGGACCUUCUCCCCCAAUUGCUUAGUUUGGCCGGGCCGCCAGUUAUAGGAAGAGUCUUGAUGGUUCCAAACUGCUUCCAUUUAAAAAUGUUGUUCUUGGGGACCUUCAAUGCUGCAGAAUUUUUUUUUUUUGGUACCCUUCCCCAGUUCUGUGUUGACACAAUCCUAUCCCGGAGCUCUGCGGACAAUUCCUCCGACCUCGUGGCUUGGUUUUUGCUCUGAUGUGCACUGUGUGGGGUGUGUUUUCAAAUCCUGUCCAGUCAAUUGAAUUUACCACAAGUGGACUCUAAUCAAGUUGUAGGAACAUCUUAAGGAGGAUCAAUGGAAACAGGAUGCACCUGAGCUCAAUUUUGAGUCUCAUAGCAAAGAGUCUGAAUACUCCAGGUUUUUACAUUUUUAGAUGGGGGGGGGGGGGGGUAUUUUACCCAAUUGAGAAUAAGGCUGUAGAGGGAAAGGCGUCUGAAUACUUUCCGUGUUUGUGUGGUAUCAUGAUUGGUUACGUUUUGAUUCAAAUGUAUUUUGUCAAGAACAGAUUGUCUGAAGUGAAUCCCACAUUGAUGAAAAUAACUUGGUACAUGCUACCAUGUCACUAGCAGUGGCCAAGCUUGAUCCUCCAAGGUGUUUUAUGAUUUAAUUUGGACGGUGCGCAAAUCGGCAUGAUGUAAUUCCUCUCGGACAACUCGCUGUGUGAAUACACCCGCAUUCCACCCACUCAAUUAUAUCAUACAUGCAUGACUGGUGAUCUCAUUUUUUAAUGUCAGGCCUUAUCUCAGUGAUGACCAUGCUUGUAAACUAAGCUAUUUGAACAGGUUAUGGUUUAUCACUGUUGACAGAAAACAAGACUCGUCACUGCACAUGGACUAUACGCUUCCAGGGAUCUGUAAUAUAGCCAUUUGAAUAAAUGUUCAACUUGGUACUUGGCCGUUUCUUGUCAGAUGUUUUAUUUACCAAAUAUUUUAAAAUGCCAAAUAAAAUAAUCUUCCCAAUACUUUCAGGUUAACAUUACUGUAAAUGUUUGGAAUAAUUGGUUUCUUCAUGCCUAAGAAGCCUAUAGUGGGAAAUAUGUUUUUUUUUAAUAACCAAUGCUAGUACUAACUAUGUUUUUAGUAGAUUACUUGUUUUAAAAAAAAUGUAUUUAACUGUCAAAUAUUUUGUCUUUCAGGUUGGCACUUCCCCUUUCUAAGUUGUAUGUGUUAAGAUUUUUAUGUACACUAGAAGCAGUUUUUAUUUUUAUUUUGUAAGGGUUUGAUUUCUUGUAAACAGUUUUAAGCCGUUUAUGUUUUGUAGAAGGAUUGCUAUGUAAUUGUUCAGGGGAACUGAAUUGAGCCAUGUCAUUUGCAUGGGGGAAAAAAAUAUGCUGCUUUGUCACAACGAGAUGUGAUGCUCAAUUGAGUGUAGAAGUCAAUAAAUCAUUGAUUUCUGCACGCAGGUUCUGAUUAUAUUUGGAAAUAAAGCUAUUUUUAUGCACAUGAA